UUAAUCCACAUUAUCAGUGAACGGUCACACUUAUUGCACGUAUCGCUGUCUAGUUACGAAGAUGGGGCUGAAUUUUUUUUGUGCAGUGUUUUUUUUGGCAUUUAUGUGUCAUGCAGUGAAAGGUGCAUCUAUCCUUGCACUCUUCUCUUCACUCUCAUAUAGCGACCACUUAGUUUACAGAGGAUAUGUAUCACGACUCGCUCAAAGAGGACAUAAUGUAGUCGUCAUGACACCAUACCCAGGACAUUUCCAAUUUCCAGAGGUUGACAAAAUUGUGGAACUCGAUGUAGGACAAGACUCGUCACCCUACUGGGAUGAGUUCAAACUGUUAAUGACGAACACAGACGAUUACUAUCCCAGACAGAAGGCAAUUAACGAGUUUUCGGUGAAAUUGGCAAUAGCACAAUUAAAGUCGAAACCAAUGACGGCUCUUCUCAUCAACCCGACGAUAAGCUUCGAUUUAGUUAUCACAGAAGCAGAUGUCCCAUUGCUGUAUGCAGUUGCAGAGAAAUAUAAGGCUCCUCAUAUCGCCAUCACCACAUCAAGCGGCAAGAUUCAUCAAUACGAGUCAAAAGGCAAUCCCAUUCAUCCUAUUUUGUACCCUGAUCUCAACUCUCUGAGCUAUGGGAAUUUAGGUCACUGGGACAGAAUUUUAGAGGUCUAUCGGCAAUACAAAAGUAGGGGCGAAUACUACAAUAAUUACCUACCUCUUUGCGAACUGGCGGCCAAGAAGUUAUUUGGAUUGAAGCGAAGCCUCCUGGAAGUGGAACAUGAUAUUGACUUGUUAUUCGUGGCCAGCAAUCCUGCUUUGAUUGGAAAUAGACCAAGCGCUCCAGCUGUCGUAUAUGUUGAUCGUAUGCAUAUAACACCUGGGCUAAGUUUGCCACAGGAACUGUUUAACCUCCUGGAGUCUUCAACGAAAGGCGUCGUGUACUUCAGUUUGGGAGCGGUGCAAGAGUCUGAGCAGCUGGCAGUUCCUUUAUUACAAACACUAGCUGACUCUUUCGGAGAACUGCCAUUCACAGUACUCUGGAAGAUUGCUAACACGACCAUGAUUACGAAACCUGCAAAUGUUAUAACUCACUCUUGGUUCCCUCAGCAACAGGUCUUGGCUCAUGCCAAUGUUAAAGCUUUUAUAACGAACGGAGGAUCUCGAUCCUUAGAGGAAGCAGUGUUCUACGGAGUACCAAUCAUCGGGCUGCCACUCGUCAAAUCACGAAAAGUUUUCAUCAACGAGAUCACUAAACAUGGGACAGGCGAAAUUCUGGAUCCUUAUAAUUUGGAUAAGGAAACUGUGAUAGCUACUAUUAAUGCCGUGGCUUCUAACGAAAAGUACAAAAACGCAAUGGUAAAAGUAAAGAGCACUGUUGUGAAUCCUUUAAUAUCAGGUCCUGACGACGCCGUUUGGUGGACUGAGUACCUUCUGCGCAACCGUGAAGCACGACAGUUACGCUCUCCUGCUGUAGGAAUAUCUUCGUUUAGAUACUAUCUGCUGGAUAUCGCCUGCUAUCUGUUAAUAGCAAUUUCACUAGCUCUUUGCCUAUCCUACUUCAUGAUACGCGCUGUAGUAAGAAGUGUGCGGAGACGAUUUUGGCUUUAUCGUGGACUAGAUGGGUCUGGGAAGUUUAAGGCACUGUAAUCAAUACAGUGUCAAUGUAUAAUUUAUUGAAAAUUAAAUUAUUUUUGUUUAUUA